AUGCACAUAGGGUUUGCUUAUACAAGCCUGCCACCUGGAUUUUGCUUCUGUGAUAGCCACAUCGCUGGAGUACACUUUAAUCUAUUAAUGACGCCAUCUUCACCAUCUUUAAAAAUAUUGAAUAGAAAUUGUAAUCGACUACAGAAUUUUUCCACUAUACGAAAUGAUAUCGAAGGAAUUACCUCUGUUAAGUGUACGAAAAAAUGUGUUCUGAAUCCUCAUGAGUUAAACAUUUGCGAUUGCCGAAGCAGGAAAAUUGUUCAUUUCGUUAAUGCCUUAAAGAAUCAGUCCAGUACAUCGCUCGCUACAUUGAUCGAUCACCUGCAAAAACUACAUAUAGCAACGGUUCAAUUUCUACGGAAACUGCCAAGGAUAGGAAUUAACUUGAACAUUAAUUCUAAGUACUUUACGGAUGGCUUAGAAGUUGCUUUUCAGCACUUAAAUAAAAAUUUUAAGGACGUUGACAUGUUAGACUUAAUAGCAAGCUGUGCACUGGAAAUAAUUGAUGAAACAUCAACUUAUCCAUUUUGCGAUCAACAGGAUAAAAUUACUUUAUCAAUGAUUAAAAAUGAAACAUCUAAUUACCUAAAUGGAAGGCCAUUAUUAUGCUGUCAGACUGGUCUAAAUGUAGAUAGUGAGGGCUGUCCAGAAUUACAGAACGAAGCAGCAAAUUGUAAGCUUAAUCUAGAACAAGUUGGAAGUAAUACAAUUAUCUGGAGAGAAACUUAUCCCAAUCAUACAGCUAUAGCUGAAUGUAGCCAAUAUUUCGAUUCUACUGUAAAUGGCGAUGUUAGCAGAUUGUGCAGGUUAGCCCAUCGUAACACAUAUCAAUGGUCACCUACUUAUACUUGUCACUGUUUCUCCGUACUUGUUGCUGAAGUUCAGGAGAGGCUAACCCGUUCGUAUGCUAAGAAUUACUCCAUAAAUUACCUUAAUGUCAUGGCAAGCUUCCUCCAUGAGCACCAGGGAGACACUCCAGGAAAGAAUUUAACUAUUACAUCUCUACAAAUUAUUUAUGAUAUUACAUUAGCUAGAAAGGAGACGAAUGAUACUGAAGGAUAUGGGAAUCUCACAAAUUGCUUACUUAGAACUUCAGCAGCUAUUUUACAGCAAGACAUUAGCCAUACUGGAACAACUUGUCCAAUCCAGAAAAUGCAGCAUAAUUGGCUAUCUCAAGCAUUUUAUCAUCUCGCAGUUUUAUCUAUUGGGCAAUUAACGACUGAACGACUAUUAGGACCUGCAUCUCAAUUUAAUUAUACCUCACGAAAUUAUAGUCUACUAAUCUUAAAUGAACUUCAUCAAUACAACAAUAGUUGUGUUGAGAUUGGAGCUGCUGUUCCGCCUGCAAGUAAAAAUGACACUAUAACUUAUAACUCGAGUAUAAACGUUUUAGGAACUGGUACCGGCAACGGGACUGACGGCGAUGAAAUUGUAUUAUUCUACAUUGGGAUUGUUGGAUUUAGCUUGUCUUUAUUUGGAUCUUUAAUUAUGAUGGUACUAUAUGCAGGAUUAAGGUCUCUUCCAGCUGGAAUAUGCGUUGUAACAUAUUUUGCUUGGCCUAUGGCCUAUUUAGAUACCCCAAGCGGGCAAGUAGAUCUUCGUAAUGCGAUACUUCUUUUGCCAUUGUUGGGACUUUGUUGGUUUCCCGCACUUUUUCUUCCGAUUAAGAACGAUCAAGUAGCAGACUAUAUUUUCACUAUUUUGGUCUCUCUACAAGGAUUCCAAGUCUUUCUCUUUCAUGGUGUCCUUGAUCGUCAGAUCAGCGUUAAUUUCCGAGAGAGAAAAUUUCGUCCUAACUUGAUCGGCCGAUUCUUAAAGAAUUUAUUACCUAAGCAUCAGCACUUUGGAAGCAGUGCUACCUCAAGAUAUCGUAGUGGCGUGAUAUCGACCUCUAGAGAUUUUGUCUUUAAUUCGGAGUUUGACCUGGAUUGUCAGCAUAUGGGUAUUGCAAAUCCUAAUAGUCAAAUAUGA